AUGUAUUUCAAUAAUUUGAAAGAUUUAAGUAUCCCAUCAUAUUGUUUAGCUAAAGACCUUAAAAAUGAACAAGCAAAAACAAUCAUUGAAUGUCUUCCCAGCUAUUUAAAAAAAAAGGAUAACAAUUUGUUAAUAAAUCUACGUGUUAAACCGAAUUCAAAAAACACGUCUAUAUAUUUUAACGCAGAUACAGAAGUUCUUAAUAUAAAUAUACAAGAGCAACCUGUUAAUAAUCAAUCCAAUGUUGCCAUUAUAAGUUAUUUUUCUGAUAUAUUAAAUUUGAAGAAAAGAGAUAUUUCCAUUGUUGCAGGAUUAAAGUCAAGGGACAAGGUUUUAAUGGUUUCAAAUAUUUCUGUAGAGGAUUUAAGCAAUAAAAUAAAUCAAAACGUAGAGUGA